AUGGCUAGCUUGAGUCAUUCAGCCAUGUCGCCAGAAUAUCAGACGUCGUGCUCCUUGACCAAUCCGUACACAACUACCAUCGAAGCACUCAUGGCAUGCAAACCAGAACCGUCGUCGAAGAUCAAGCGCAAAAGCAAUAGGUUGGCCCUCGAAUAUUACCGAGCGAAACUCAGGAAGGAGGAUUUGCUACUAUCGCUGCAGCGACACCAGCGGAGAACGCAAUUGCAGGGCUGCUACUGUCCUGAAUGUAGACCACACCUCUAUCGUUCUCUCAUCCACCCUGAUGAUCACAAAGAGUUCAGCCCUAUCCGUGGCUUUCGUUGGCAAUCUCAUGAUGCCUGGCAUCUGGCCGUCACCCUUUCAACCCACUUGGAGAGGCCAACUCCCCCAGAAUCAAUUCAACGCUGGAAGACUUUUCAAGAGCGCCACCGUCCCAAUGUGCUUCAACGCUCAGUCCCAGAAACGUUUCAACCCGGUGUUCUGAACGAUGUGGUCAGCAUUUUCAGUGACAUUUUCUUCGCCGGGCAGCUUCCAUCGUCGAAACUGCAUAUAUUCUGGGCCCACAUUGACGAGGGAGCAUUUGGCCGCACGCAUGGAUCCACAAGCAAGCAGGUACCUCCGCUGCUGAUACUUAACAAGAGUCACGUCGAGAUGCAAAUCAACAUGCGACGAGUGCUGCGCGUGAUUCUCCACGAAAUGGUACACGUCUUCUUCGGGCUCUAUACCUGCUACCCUUGGUGCGAAGCCAAGAUCAGCUGUGCCAGAGGAGAUUGUGGAAAGCUGUACACUGGCAAUCUGGGCCUCUCCGGCCACGGAAGGGCGUGGCAGUACCUCACGAAGGCUAUCGAGGCCAAAUUGCCGUCGGUAUUGGGGCUCAAAGGUCCUCUCGGAUGCCAUGAUGGUGUGGUGUCUGAACUCGAGAGGCGAGCAAGCGCUCCGUGCUCGCGGGAUCGACGCAAGCACUUUCCUGCUCUGACUCUCGUUGCAAGAGGCAUCGAAGUGCGUACAAAGGACGACGACGAAACGUUGCGGAAACGCAUGGCGUUUUGUCGUCGCUCUUGCGCCUGGGCUAUCAGCGUGCGGAGGGGUACUGGGAGGCGAUACUCCAUUUAG